UGGCCAAACAACUUCCUGCUGCAAAUGAGAACAUUGUCAUGCCUCUGAUCUCAGAACAGACUUUGGUAUCUGAAUUGUCACAUACAGUGACAAGAAAAUCUGAUCCCAGUACAGCACCCAGCAGUAAACCUCGGAGAAAGAACAAAGAGCAGUCUCAUUUCACCUGAAUCGCAAGUUACCAAUAACAGCACAGAUGGAAAUUUUAAAUACCCACGCACACUGAGAGCGAGCAGAAAGUGGGUUUUACUUCCUUUGGAAAUCUAGCAGUUCUUCAGCAAUCAAGCAAACACUGAACUAUGACUACACUUUCACAAUGGUGUUACCAUGUUUAAUCGCCCUUACAGUUCUCCUCGUUUCACCACCGAAGCGUUUGGAAGCAGUAGAGUUAAAAGAAGUCAGACUCGGAGAGACAGUGGCUCUGAUGUGCAACCUGUCUCUCUACUCUGAGAUCCACUGGCUGAGGAUGAGUGAGGGCCGGCUGAUGGCUCUGAUGGUCACAAGUCUGAAACACACUGGAGAACUGUCUGUUGUCUGGAAUUACAAUGAAACUCAUUUUGAGGGCUUUAUGGAGAAGCAGAUGACUGGACUGAAAAUUCUCCAUGUCUCCACCAGCGAUCUCGCCACAUACUAUUGUUCAACGUCAUAUCAAAAACGCUUGGAUUUUGAUAAAGGAGUGCAACUAUAUACAAAUCAACAAAGUAAACAAAAACCAUCUGAUAAUGUACGAGAUUUGUCAGGAGGAGUGAAACAAACAGAUUUAUCAGGAGGUUUUAGCGGAGCCUCUCUACAUUACCAAGUUUUUGCAGCAGUUUUGUGUUUUGGUCUACUGGUAAUGUUACUAGCGAUUUCUGUGGUGCAUAUUAAGACAAAAAACGAAACAAAACCCCAUUUACAACCAUAAAAGUAUGUCAAUGCCUUGGGUAUUAACUUUUUUGUUAUCAUUUAUUUUCAUAAAACUAACAUUGCCCUGUCAUAUUGUGGUAGACAGACUUUAAAAUAUAUUUAUUAUUAUUUAUUUUUUCUUCUUCUUUUUUUGCAUUCAUUUAGGCUAGCUACUUAAUAAAUAAGGAGAAGUGAAGAUAAUUUUGUGGGGAGUCAAUCAGUCAAAUCAGUUUUUUUUUUUUUUUAGCUUUUGUUUCUUUAAAAUAUUGAAUGUAGGUUAGCAAUAACCUUUCUUUUACUGUCUAUGGUAAUAACACCUGAAGGCCUCUUGAUGGUCAGGGUGGCCUCAAUUUUUAAUAAAGCUAAAAAUAAACAUGCAAGAUAUUUGGUCUCUGUGUAUUUCUUAUAAAAGUCAUUUAAUUCAAUAAUGCGUGUAAGGCCUAUAUUCGUUAAGAUCAACCUAUUUUACUAAGUUCCAAUCACUGUUCAUCUCAAUAAUAAAAAAUCCUGCUACACAAGGCGGCCCUCUAGCGGCCUCACAAUAUAAAGAUGGCGGCGUUAACUUUGACUUCCGGACUCUAUCACAACGUCUGAUCGAUUAAUAGGUAUAUAAUAACUUAUAACCUUCGAUGGACGCUGCUCUUUGAAGUUGAUCGGAGUUUUAAGUCGAUGUACUUGUCUACAGAUUCAUUUGCGAGUUAAACGACGCGUGUUGACAGCUUGUCAACAGAAUUCCCAGGAAUAACUGCUUUCGGAAAAUUCCCAGAGUUUGUAAACCUCAAAGCAAGACCAGAACAGUUCUAGAGACUGCAGACCAGCUAUGAUACUAUCUGACCAUCCGCCAACCUGGAAUUUAUCAGGGGUCCACAGUUAUCGUCUUUUAUUACUCUUUGCUUCCUGUCUUGGUGGAAUGUCAGUCCCUGAUGCUGUGAAAGUGAGGGAUACUGCAAUUAUCCCUUGUUACAAGACAUGUGAUGGGGAUAUUUUGUGGGCAUUAACAACUAAAUAUGAAAAGCUGGAUGUCCUACGAUGUGUCCAAGGGACAUGCACAGAAGGAUUCAGUUUUAAGAACAGAGUACACCUCUCCAAUGAAAAGUCUGGAAACCCUUCUCUAAUAAUGUCUCCUGUUCUGUACAAUGAUGAAGGCUGGUACGAAGCCAGGUGUGGUUUAGAAUUUCUGUGUAAAUUCCACUUGGAAGUUUUCGUACCCACUACUGUGAAUGUCUCAGUCAGAGGCAACGUCACACUGCCCUGCUUCGCACGCACAGAGAAAAAUAUCGCCGAUGAUGCUGUGAGCAUCCUGUGGAAAAAAGAUGACCAAACUGUAUUGCAGGUUCAAGAAGGACUUAUAAACUAUGGCUCUGGUUUUAGAGGCAGGGCAUCAGUUGCACUUCAUCACUAUAAGGAUGGAGACCUUUCCCUUAACAUGCUCAGGGUCACCACAGCAGAUAAGGGAUUGUACCGGUGCUAUCACAAUACAGAUGAGGAACAUGGCUAUCCUGCUGCUGUCACUCUCAGCGUUACAGCUCAUCAAAACCUCUAUGUAAAAAGGUUUGGAGAUAAUCUCACCCUGGACCUGUUCGGCUCUGACUCUGUGACUGUAACGUUCACCAGUUCUGAUGCAAAGGAGAUCCAGGUUUGCAGUGUGACAGGAAACAACACUACAUGUUCCUUCGACUAUGAUAACAGAGUAUCUGUCAUGAAUUACUCCCUCGUGCUGAGAGGAUUAACAUUCUCUGAUGGAGGGACAUUCACUGUGAAAGACACCAUGGGUGAAGUCAUUAGUAUCAACACUGUCACUGUCGAGGGUGUGGCCUGGAACCCUUACUUUGUGGCUCUAUUAGCAUUGCCUGUUUUACUCCUCCUUUUCAUUGGUCUAUUCCUUUGGUGUAAAUAUCAUAGAACGUCACAAGUGACAGAAAAUCACUCUUAUUAUAACGCCAGAGAGUCUACUGUGGUUAUAGAGUCUGCAUACAUUGGAGUGCCACAACAAGAAACCAACCCAAAUAUCUCGGGGGAUGUUGAAGAUUAUCCAGGGCUGGCAGUAGAGGAGACCAUGCCUGUGAUACCCAGCACUGAGAAGCAGGACAGCAUUGAUGAAAACAUGUAACAUCUCAAUCAGAGCAAAAAUGCCCAAACCAAUUAAAAUUUCAAUUAGGUUGCUUUCUCAGAAUUCUCAUCAGCACACAUUUAAUUUUGGGCAGGGGAAUGGACAUUUUUACUACUUAAUAUAAGCAUUAUACUUGGAUAUGCUUCUCAUCUCCUAACUAGACCCCCCCCCCAAAAAUAAAAUAAAAAUAAAAAUAAAUAUUAAGUCUGCUUUUUAAAACAAAGAAAAUGAGGAAGGAUAGUAUGCAAAAACAGUGGGAAACUGUAUAUUCAUGCAGUCUGUGCAUGUUAAAAGAUAAAAUCUGAUUAAGUCAGAAUCUGCUUAGGUUUUCUUCUUCUGCUCUACUAUAUACUAAUUAUAUAAGAGUAGAUUAGAGUAGAGUAGAGUAGAGUAGAGUAGAGUCAACUUUAUUGUCAUUGCACUUUGUAAGGUACAAGGCAACGAAAUGCAGUACUACUAAUAGCUGAUGUUUAAGGGUAUUCUAUGAGUACAUUUGUGCCAGUGAACAAAAUGUGAAACUUUUUUUUAAACCACAUUGUGGACCAAAUUGCUGUACAAUACAAAUAUAUACAGAGAUAAUUUAUAUAGGGAUAGCGAAAAGGAUCAAAACAGAGUCUUUAGCGAACUGUGAAAUGCACUUAAUGUAAGGGAUAUUACAGAUAUUAAGAUAGAGGUAACUCAUUCCAAAGCCUUGGAGCUGCUGCAGAAGUUACUUGUACCUUUCAGUUAAGACUGAGGGACUGUAUGACAGCUGAUCAUUUCAUUUAAGUGACCUCCAAAUUUGAUGCAGGCUAAUUAUAUCAAAAACAUAUCUGGUGCUAAGCAAUACAAGGCUUUGAACAUAUAACAACUCUUUGUAAUGUGCUCUGUAUUUAUAAUAAGAAAGCAAUUAUAUAUUGCUUAGCUCAGGAAUUAUUAUUUUAAUGACAAUAUGAACUGCCUUCAUUAAGCCUUUUUACUAUGGUCACUGAUAUGUCUGAUCCACUGAUCUCUGUACUGUGCAUUUAUCUAUGUGUAAAGUGAAUGUACAAUUAUAAGAUGAGGAAAGCACACCAGUUUUUAGGGUUUUAUGCUGCCACUUGUUACCCAAAAAAUGCACUUAAAAUAUUUGAUGUUUUUUGUUAUUUUAUGAUAUUUUAUUUAAUGAUCAUUUUUUCCUGAUAUGCUUACACUGCUGACAGACAUCUUAAGUCAUUAGGGUUGAGCCAGACAUGGUUGGGCUGCACAACUGUUAUUAUUACAGUAAUGAAGAUGAUGUCAGAUGUGCCCACACCUUGUAAACCCACCUGUUGCUGGUAUUGUGCUGCUUCUUUCUAAGCAUUACUCUGCACUUUUUCUUGCUGCUAUUGUUUGUUAACUAUUAUUACAAUUAGGUACAAAUAUUUGUGUGAACUGUAUUUUUAAAUGUCAUGUGUUUUAAUAACUUUUGUAUUAAAAUUCCUAUUAUAUGAAUGUGCGAUAGUGACAAAUCUGCCAAACAAUUUCAAAGCAUUCAGAGAUUAAAAUAUAUAUUUAUCGUCUAAAUGAAAUGUCUUAAAUAUUUCAAGAAUCUGUCCAUCCAUCCAUUGCAAUGAUCUUUUGUGAAUCCACUAACAACAAACAUGAAGACAUUAUGUGAAAUGUAUACUUGUUCAUUCAGGAAAAAAUAAACAAUACCAGUCAAAAGUUA